AGUGGGGAAAUAUCAGCAUGGAUCCAGACACGAUAGAAAAAAGGUCGUCCCCAGUAGCAAGUAUUGUAUUUGAGGCAUCAACUCAAACUCCAACCAAUGAAAUAUACGAUUCUCCGUUAUUUACCACUAAAGGCUAUUGCCUCAAAUCUUCUGGACACAGCAAUCAGGCUUUGACUAAUAUACACCGUAUGAGACAGCACGGACAGCUAUGUGAUAUUACUUUGAAAAUAGGAUUAGACAAAUUUAGAGGACACAAAGUUGUUCUAGCAUCAGUUAGUCCAUAUUUUUUUGCCAUGUUCAAUGGGGACAUGAAAGAACAAUGCCUACCAGAAAUUGAAAUUCACGAUAUGGAUCCAACGGCUAUUGACCUGCUCAUUGACUAUGCUUACACAGGUCAAAUAACUAUUACUGUCGACAAUGUUCAGGUUUUACUUCCUGCUAGUAGUCUUCUUCAAAUGGAAGAAGUGAGAGAGGCCUGCUGUCGUUUUUUGCUAAAACAGCUACAUCCAACGAAUUGUCUGGGGAUAAGGAGUUUUGCAGCCUACAAGAAGUGUAAGAAGUUACUCAGGAACCGCAUGGAGAAGUCCAAAAAUGAGUGCUGGAAAAGGCUUUGCGAAGAUGUUGACGAAGAUAUCUGGGGCGACGUCUACAAAAUAAUCACGAAGAGUAUAGUUGGAUUUCAAUCAGAACCAAACCUUACUUUUGAUGAUAUGGAAGACGUAACAAAUCACCUUCUUCCUGUGGACAAGAAGGUUCAGUUUAUCUGUGAUAGGAAGGGGAGUUUUUCAAAUUUCACCUUUGAAGAAAUUCAAAGAGUAUCGACAAAGCCGAAAAAUAAUAAAGUUCCGGGACCGGAUUACAUACCCCAAGAAAUACUCAAAUCUAUAGCCUCAAACAAACCAGCUCAUGCUGUAGCUGUCUAUAACAAAUUGAUAAGUCAGGGAAUCUUUUCUGCCGAAUGGAAAAAGGCAAAACUAUUACUGUCGAGGUGA